GACAGACGUGCGGGAGCGAACAUGCACGGCCACGGCCGCCUCCCGCCGGCGGUCCCCGGUGCGGGCUGCGGGCUCAGCCCCGGGCACGCGGCCUCGCGGUGCGUGAUCGAUGCGUGCCCGCCGCCGCCGGGGGCCCCGAGGCCGUGCGGCUCCGCUUGCCUUCCUCUCGGGGCAGCCUUUGUAUUGCCGGCUGCGCCCCGGGCUCGUCCCUUCCCCGCCGAAGGGAGGACGCGGAGCGGCUCCCGGUCUCCUCCCGCCGUGCCCCAGCCCGGGGCGAGGCUUCUCGCUCAGGUUCGCGCUCCCUUCGCUCGGAUCUGUUGACAUAAAGCCCGCUUUUCGGUGCCUCGGGAGAAGAUGAAGUUGGUGCGCUCGCUAGACGCGGCCCCGCGGCGUGCCCGGAGCGAGCCCCUGCCCGAUGGCCGCCCGUCGGAAAAGGUGCUGGAAAUAUCUGAGCCGCUCAGCUCCCGUGAGGAUGCGGCAGGCCAGGCCGGCCGGCCGCUCGGCGUCGCCGGGGACGCGCCCCGCGUGGGACUGAGCCCCCCCCCCGACCCCCGCCCGCUCGCCGCCACCAUGAACACCAACGUGUGCGUGGAGAGCGGCCCCAACCCCGAGGCGCCGGGGCUGCCCAAGGACAGCCACCUGCCCGAGGGGGCCCUCAACAGCCUUGUGGAUUACAACUCGGAGAUGGAGAGGUACCGCUCCUUCGCCACCUUCUACAAGACCAACGGCGGCGCCUUCCCGCAGGCGGCCAAGAUCGCGCGCAUCACCACCCCCAUCUUCCCCAGCGCCGCCGCCGCCGCCGCCGCCCGCAUCGGCAUGUCCCCCUGGAACUGCGACACCGCCACCGCCGCCGCCGCCACCGCCAUGCUCUGGGGCAGCGGCGGCGGCGGCGGCGGCGCGGCGGGCGGCGCGAGGAAGCCCUCCUCCUCCUCCUCCUCCUCCGCCGCCGUCGCCGCCGCCUCCGCGGCCGCCGCCGCCUCCUCGCUGCACGCCGGCAGGGGCGGCAUGCACCACCGGAGCGACUCGCAGCGCCUGGGCAAGCCCGGCUGCGCGCCGGCCGAGCAGCCCGCGUUGCCCAUGGCCAACGGCAACUUCCUCUCCGGCCUGGCCCCCGAGCACUGCCGGCCGCUGGCGGGCGAGUGCAUGAACAAGCUCAAGUGCGGCGCCGCCGAAGCCGACAUCAUGAACCUCCCCGAGCGCGUCGGCACCUUCUCGGCCAUCCCGGCGCUGGGCGGCCUCUCGCUGCCGCCCGGGGUCAUCGUCAUGACGGCCCUGCACUCCCCCGCCGCGGCCUCGGCCGCCGUCACAGACAGCGCCUUCCAGAUCGCCAACCUGGCGGACUGCCCGCAGAGCCACGCCUCGGCCGCCCCCGCCUCCGCCCUGGGCGCCGCCGCCGGCGCGGGGGGCGGCGGAGGAGGAGGCGGCGGCGGCGGCGGAGGCGGGGGGGCCGGCGGCGGUGGCGGAGGCGGCGGCGGCGGAGGAGGAGGCGGCGGGGCCGGGGCCGGGGCGGGCAACCCCGCCAAGAAGAAGCGGAAACGCUGCGGGGUGUGCGUGCCCUGCAAGCGGCUCAUCAACUGUGGAGUCUGCAGCAGUUGCAGGAACCGCAAAACGGGACACCAGAUCUGCAAAUUUAGGAAAUGUGAAGAGCUUAAGAAAAAACCUGGCACUUCGCUAGAGGUCAGAGGAGAUGAUUUCUUUUUCCCCAGCCUCCCGCCGUCCCUCCUCAACCCCCUGCCCCCGCCCCUGCAGUGCUUCUUGUCUAGCUUCAAGAUGCAGCACCCGUUCUCCGAGGCCUCCUUCAGGCUCUGAGGGUGCCCCCGCCGCCGGCGCGGCCCCGCGCCCGCCGCCCCCCGCCCCGCCGCGCCCGGCCCCGGCCCCGCCGCCCCGCGGCCGCUCCCCUGCGGGUUGCGGGGUCGGAGGCCGCGCCCUGCCCGCCGCCCCGAGUCGUGCGGAGCCGAGCCGAGGUGCUCCUCGCCCGGUGCACCCGCUGCGUGACCCAGCAGACUGGUGGCCGGCUGGUUUCGCUGUUUUUUUGUUUGUUUUUUUCUUUGUUCUUUUCUCCUUUUUCUUUUCCUGGAGAUCGUGGUUGCUUCGGGGCGGUUUUAGGGCCGGGGCGGUGGGGAGAGGGAGAGCUGGAGCUGAGCGAUGUCCCAGCAGAAGUCUGGGGAAACGUUGGCUCACCCGUCCGGGGCCGGCCGGUGGCAGUGCCGGUGCUGUGACACGUGCCUGUAUAGUACGUUUUGCAGAGUAGCCCGCUCGUGGCGCGGGGAUCAUGGUGGGGAAAUAGCAGGGGUAUGCCGGGCUGCUUGCCGUCUGACCUGCAUCCACGCUUGUCUUUACACUGUGCCUCCGGACCUGACGGAUACGCCCAGCGCUCCCGGCUGCACAGACAGGGUCCCACGUGGGCAGAGGUUUUGGUGGACGUGCCAAGCCCAACAGACAAUGGAAGGCAGAACACCCGCUGCACGGAGCGUGGCCGGGGCUCGUUGUCGGUAGGCAGGGGAACGAGGAGAGGGAAGCCCAGUAAUCACACUUAAUCUCUUGUCAUUAUUAAAAUUAUAGCGUUGCUGGCGAGGCGCGUACGUUGGAUGUGUCUGGAGGUGUCGAGGAUGAUGGAUUCAGUGCAGAGGAGCGGUGCAUGUGGGGUGACAUCGGGAUCUGUAGUCACAGCAGUUCGCUGCUAUGUGAGGCAAUGCUCCUUCCCCUGGUGCCCCGGCUCGGUGCAGGCAGGAACAAGCCAGCCAGAGAGAAUGGGGGAAGCAGCAAGAGCCCGCUGGUCUGUCCUGCACUACAUCAACGUGGGUAGUAGCGUUGGUGUUGGCACUGCCAUGGGACACUUGGGUCUGAAGUGACAUGUGGUUGAUGGCGUUAACUCUUCUGUAGCCAGCCACGCUACUGUCACUGGUGAGAUGGAAUCACUGGUGAGAGGGACCUACUUUUGCUGGAGUUUGCUCCGUAGCUCUGCAUGCUCUCGGCUGUCGUUGCGCAUGCGUGGUGGCCCAGCAUUGCUAACCCCACGCCCAGCACAGACUCCACACGUGAGAAACCAGAUAGGCUUAGCAGCUCUUGGCAUUCUCCAUAACGCCUUGACUGAUUCCAUAGAAAGUUUGCAAGGAAGACACAGGGCUCUCUGGUCGGGCUCGCCAGCCCGGGUGCUGCUGGGCUGAACAUGAUAAAUUACAGCUUCUGAGGGCUCAUCGACCUGUCUGGAAAGUGAGAUAUCUUGGGAAAUGUGCUUGCACGCUCGCAGAUCUUCCAGUGGGCUCACGUGCUUCCCUGGCUGCAUCUCCAGAACUUCCUCGCUCCUGAUGGAGGGGUUUGGCAGCCUUAAAAGCUGCUAAGGAGUGCUACCCGUUAGAAUUGCUUAACCAGUGUGACUGAAAAAAGCAUGGAUUUACUAGCCACUCGUGUGCUCUCGUAACCAACUGCCUUCACUUCUUAUCACUCCCUCUCCCUGCUGGUGUUCUGUCAGCCACGCAAACGCAGAUCUCUGGUCCCACCUGUAGAGGUGUCAGCCGAGCGUCAUCUCGCGCCACAAGUAUGUCACAGAGCGUGGCUCCUUUCCUUGCAGAAACAGCGGUAGGAUCGGUAGGCGAGGAGGGUCCCAAGCGGAGCAGCCUUCCCUUGAGGUUGUUUCUUAUUUCCCUUUCGUUCUUUUCUUCUCUUCAACCACGUAGCGGAGCGUGGCGGCAUGGCCAGGGUGGGCGGGUGGGUGUCCCGGUGCGUCCUUCAGGUGUGAGAGUUGUGCUCAGCGUGGCUGCGAGUUGUGGAGGUGGCUCGAGGCAGGGGUGGGACUGUGCUUAAAAACAAAAUAAACGGAAAGCGAGAAUAAUAACAAUAAACAGCAAACUGAUUGAUCCCACUGCAAGCAUUUCUCUCGUUUUUCCUUUAAAUUCGUUCUUCUGUGCGAUACAACUCUCAAGGUUAGUACACCGAGUGGAAGAGAUUCACACUAAUGCGUUCCAGCCCCCAACCCUUACAUUUUUAAUGGUGUGCUUCCCUCCCAGCAUUUUUUUUAAACACUUGACCUAUUUUUUCCUAUUUUUCUCGUACGGUUUUCACCCGCAAAAUGUCCCAACGCUGUAGUAUUUUACAUAGAAUGUUAUUAUCACUAGGAGAUUUUAUGUAUGGUAAUAAUAAAUCUGUAAAACUCAGAUUGACGUCACAUUGCACACUGCCUACUUGUGUAUGUACGUUCUGUCUUCAUGCAGAUUUACGGUUGGUUUAAAGAGGCAUAAUCUUUAUUCACCCACUGAGACUACUUGUUUGCCUCGGAUGGGCGGACGUGUCUCGCUCCUGCUGCAGGUUAGGGAGAUGGGGAGCCAGCUAGGGCUGUACAUCUUCUCUCUUGGAAGGAAGCCCUCCUGACCCCGCUGCCCAGUUGGUUAGCGAUAGCAGAAGGGGAUGGAGGGCUGGCUUGCAGCUGGCGUGCACUGUUCAGCCCUGAUGCGAGAUGGCUGCUGUCAAACAGGUGGUGCCGCAUGCUUUACUUGUAGCAGCCUCACCAAUUAGCAGCACGUACUAUUAAAGCUCACAUAUCAACCUGCAAUACCGACCUCCAGAUACCAACCGGGAAUGCCAGCCUCUGUACACCAACGCAAAAUACAGCCUCCAAACCUAAGGCACCUCACCGAGCCGCAUCUGAAGGCAGCUUGAGAUCCUUCACCUAGGUUAGGGUUGCAGCGACUGGUUUCAACAGAAGCAGCACCUAACCUGGCCCCCUUAAUCGCUUUGCUUGUGACCUCUGGGAAUGCCAUGCGGCACGAGGCCUUUGGUGCUGGGUUUUCCUUUCAGCCUGUUGAGGUGCCUGGGGAUGGUGUGAUGCAAGGCCUCCUGCAUGUCGUCAUGACUCACUGAGGCCUGCUCUCUGCUGCUCAGAGCACUCGCCAAACCUGUUGGCUUUUUGCUCUAGGACCGUGUCUCGCAAGGUGUGUCAUAUGGCUGUCGGCGGAGACAUGGCAUUGAGGAAGCCACUGAGGGCUCUACAGAGUUGAGCUUGCACUUUGGCAGACUACCGAGCAUAAAAAACCUAGCACAAGGGAUAUCUUGAGAUGGAGCUGGAUGUAACCCAUUGUACUGCUUUGUAUUUUCUUGCUUCUCCUUUCUUCACGUGAUGCUCAUACGGCAAAGGAGCUGCCCCAGCCACGUGACAGCAGCGUUCAAUCCUUGCGAUGUGGGAGCUGCUGUUUGAUGCAGCGCAGCAGCCUUUGGGCUUUGUAAAAGGGGGACGAAAGGCACACUUUUUGUUUCAAAUGAAGCCUCUCCCACCUAAGGAAUUUUCUUGGUGAAAUUUGGAAACUAACUGAACAGAAAUUUGAAGUAAUUCAGCAAAAAUGGUAGGCCAAUCAAAGGCUGAACAGCCUCCUUCAUACAAGCCCUGCUUUUUGCGUGUGUUGGAAACCGUUUGCUUUCAAUUGUUGAACUGUGAUUAUUUGCCAGGGAAAUUGUCCAUGUGGUGAGGGAGGUUAACUGGCUGUGACGGUCCUGUGCCCGAUGGCACUGAGCAGCUCUCUGCACAUUUUUCUCCAUACGAAGGCAAGCUGUGCUGUGGGGUUUCAGGAUGCCGUGCCGGACAUAGGGCUUUGCCCAGUGCUGCAACUGAUUCAUUUGUCUUCUUUCUUUCUUUUUUUUUUUUUCUUUUUUAACUCUACAUAGAUGUGAAAUGGAUAUGAAAACAGAUGUGCAUUGUUUAGGCUGGACAAGUUGCAUGUGUCAUGAGAAAUAUGACAAAUGAAGAUAAGGGUUUUUUCUAGAGCUACGAUAAGAAUAACGAGUACUAUUUUUUUAUUAUUUUAUUUUAAAUUUUCUUUUAAUUUUUCCCUCCAAAUGGUCUGAAUCCCUUUGGAAUUUGUGCACGGAAGCCAGUAUGGGUUGGAACCCCAUGUCAGCUACAGCGCUUUCAGGAAACGUUUCUCCAGCUGUAUAAAAUGCUAUGGGCCAUACACACCACACCCUGCUCAUAGGAAAAGACUUGUUUAAGCCAGUAGAUAGGUGAGCACUGUGUGACAUUGCUCAUUCAGGGUGGGGAAUGGUAAGCAACAAUUCAAAGCAAGACUCGAUUUCUGUCUGCCUGUAUGUGUAUGCUGACAUCGCUUUGUGGGGUCACUUUCCAUGCAGCUCUGUUUGCUGGGUUGACACCGAGCGCGGGGAAGGCUUGGCUUGCCUGGGGGAUGGAUCAGGAUGUCAGAAAGCAGUCCCUAUUGAAUAGCAACAUCCUGGUACUGCGUUUUUGGUUUUAAAAGAAAUGUGCUCUAGGCAGUUCAAUAAAAGACAGUCAUUAAUUUCUGUACUCCGUGUCAUGCAUUUGAUGCGCAGCGAUAGCUGAGAACAGGUGCUUUCCAAAGAGCCAAAGAAUAGUGUGUCAGUGAAAGGGAAGAUGGUAGGUCUCCAACUCUGAUCGUGCUUGUGAUUUAAGGGUUUGGCUUGAUGAAUAAGACAUUUCUAAGCAGGCAAACCUAGAACGUACCCCCUAAAGUCUCACCAAAUACCGCAUAAUCCUUUUGAUCACUGACUGUGGUGGGAAGCAGCUGCUGAUUGCGCAGGGAAAGGCUUACCAUAAGCUUUUCGAAUGUACGCGAGUGAAUUAGGAGGAAUGAAAAAGUAACUCGUGUCCCCAUAAGGAAGUCCCUGGGACUUGACCUCUGUUGGUAACAAUUCCCAAGGCACCUACCACUUGUUUAAAAACUGCCAGCAGACCUCACUUUCUGAGGAGUACCACCACACCAAGGAAGCAUUUCUCUGCUGCUGUAGCAUCUGCAUUUUUUUAAUAACUCACCUGGAGUUAUCUGGAGUUAUUAUCAUCUGGAGGAUCAUGCUAAACGAUGAUGUCUAGAAGCAUGCCGGUUUGUUAGACACAUCUUUGCUGUCUAGGAGCCUGGCCUGCCCUGUCUCUUUUCUCUUCUUUUGGAUACCCAUAUUGUGUUCCAUAGUCUUGUUCAGUCACACGCAGACACCUGUCCUGAAUCACUCUGUGGCAUCAUCUCAAGCCAUCUCCUGUUUGAGCAUCCUGUGCUUGCCGCUCUUUGUUGAGCUAUGUUGCACCAUACUUAGGAUGCGACAGCCAUUUAAUAAUGUUGAAGCCUUAGCUCUGCAGGGGCUAAGAAGAUCCCAGCAGGCUUGUUAACUUCUACUCUCAGACAUUAUGGGAAAUAUUUUCUCCUCCCUGGAACUCCUAGGCAUCUUCUUAAUUAAGAUCAUAAAAAUCCAUGGCCAGGUUUGCGUUAAGCCUUUUGAAUUUUUUUGCAGCUUUCCAGAGCUUCCCCAUAUUUAACCAGCCACCACAGUGCCAAGUGAAGUACGGGAGCUUAAAUAAAGGCAGCCUGGAGGUCGUGCUGGAUGCUGCAUUCUUAGUGGGCUGCACUCAUCAAACAUCUUUGCUCUUGCCACUGUGGAGUUUGAUUCUUUCCUCUUCUCUGCUAGAGUUUAUCCACAUCUCAGCCUCAAAAGAGACAUUUUCAAGCUCAGACCCUUUCCUGUCUGUCUUCCUGUCUCAGGACAGUGUUCCCUUUGGUUCCAGGCUGCUCUGGCCACGGUCUCUGCUGAGCUUCUGUAUGGGAUUGUUUUUAGCUGGUGUCAGGCUUCCUUUGGCUAGGAGCUAAUAAUGGAUUAUUCAGCAGCUUAGCAAGUAGAGAAGCGGUGUUAGAAUUUGAGGCAGAGGCAGGAACCUAAUAAACACCGGCAAAUUAUAGGAAGUCCCAGGGAGUUCAGGAUGCAUAUGAGUGAACUCAAGCGAGGAGAGGGCAGCUGCAGAGUGCUCAAGCAGGAAAGGACCCAGGACCGGCUCUGGCAUGGUGCUAAUGAGCAAAGCCUCAAAGAAAGCAUGCUGCUCCUCAGCUGGAGCUAGUCAGAUACUGUAGAUAGAUGGAUGGGGUUCUGAAGGCGCUCUGCUGCCAGAAAGGGCAGUGCGGCCAUGCUGAAAGUGAUGCUGAGACCUCCCAUGGUAGGGAGAAAGCAGCAUGCAGCUGCUACCGGGAGCAGGCAGCUUGCAUUAGCAAUGCAGGCACAGCAGCUCACCUAUAGCUCUCUUUCCACAGCUUCUGCCUGCAGUGGCCAAGGCUUCACACAUCAGAAGAGGACCCUGAAGUGGGCGAGUGGGGCUUCCCAUGUCUCGUCACUGUGAGGGAAAUCUGGUUUCUUUCAUUCUUUUUCUAAACUAAGUAUAAUUUAUGGAGAGGAUCUGGGUGCUGGGGUGAGCAUGUGCUAUAGAAGGAUUCUCAUGAUCCAAACAAGUUGUUCCAAAGCCAAGGACAUGAUGAAGGUGUACAGACGAGUUGACAAAUGUGAAAGAAGGAGGUGAUGCUAGCAAAUGAAGGGCUGAGAAUGAUGGUUGGCUGUACAAGGACUACUUGGGCUUAGAGUCUUCUUAGGUGGCAUGUACCAUGUGUCCUAGGGAAGCUGGAGUACACCAGGAGCAUGUAAGCAUGUGAGCUCAAAGAAUUUGCUCCAUCAUCACAGGAGUAAUACCUGAUGGCAGCUGUUGUUGGGUGCCAUCCAUCUUUCUGCACAUGGGGCCGCCUUCACUGCACCGCUCUCAGCAAGAGUGGGCAUAGCAAGGAGACAGGAAGUUCGUUCCUCUGCCUAGAAGUGCAAGGAGGGCAAAGCGUGAUCAUCGGGGUGCUGUCAAAGAGGUCAGGCAUGGAAAAGGAGAGGCAGUCAGCAGAUGUUGUCACAUGCACUAACUCUAGAAUGAGUGGUACCUGUCUGAACAGAAGGCUGCUGGUUUUAGAGUGAGCGGGAGAGGAGAAAAUGUGCUUGGCAGGGUCAUGGGUCUGGAUAAGCAGCCGACAUGAAGUGAGUGGGAGAGGACUUGAUGGCAGGAGCUCAGUAAUGACAUAAAAGCCGUUCCAUCUAAAUCACCAGCACAUCUCAGCCUCAGAGGCAGGGAUUGCCACUGGCUGCUUGCUUGGAAGCUGAUGUAAAAUAAAUUGGAGGUCAGUGACCAGUGGAGGUGAUGGUGUCAUGAAAAUAAUUACUGGGAUGAAUCUUAAUUGUCAUGCUUGAAAUUUUCUGAAGACGUAUCAGGGAACGAAUGAAGCUCGAGCCACACGCAGUCCUGUGAGGUUUCCCACUCCGGUCAGGCAUGGCAGCGACCUGCUGUACAGGGGUUUGCCUUUUCCCUCCAGCUGGGCAGCCUGCAGAGCUCAGCUCAGUGGCUGCGAAAGCUGAGCCGGCACCCACGGCAGGGCUCUGGAAAUGCCCCAGCCUGGGUAGAUUCCUGAACAGAACAUCUUUUUCUUCUGUUAAAAAAAAAAAAAAAAAAAAAAAAAAAAAAAAGAUUUGCAGAGAAAGAAGCAAGCGAGCAGAGGCCAAGCAUUUAAUGGAUGUAUUUUUCACUGGCUCUUUUAUCAACAGCAUGUGUGAAAUCCCGGAGGACAGAAGCAGUUAGCUAACCAAUGAGGCAUCGUAGCCGGCGCGAGGCUCUGUGCGGGAGGAAAAGAUGCCGAAGGCAGAGCAGCUCUAGGGGAAGGAGAUUGAAGUGCAGGCCUGGCGCUGGGAAACGUGCCUCCUUCUGCUUGUGGUCCAGUCCGUGCGAGCUCACCAUGCCCCACAGUAGCCGCUUUGCCGGUGAUAGAGAUGUCAGAGCGUGAGCGCGGAGGCUGGUACCGCUGGGUGAUGAACCGGUGGGGAUUUCUCAUUAACAGAGUGAAUGUUAACAAGGAUUCCAGUUUGUGAGCCUGCAUGGGAGGAGGAUCGGUGAGAGGGGCUGAUGGAUUUGAUUAGGAGGCGGUGUGUGAGGGGGGUUGGCAGAGGGCACGUCCCUGGCAGAAGGCCUGCUUCCUGCUGGUCGUGUCUGACAGAGGGCGAUCAGCAGAAGGCACCUGCUGGGUCCUAGGUGAAAGCAGGAGCUGAGCAGCGGUCUGGAUGUUUCGCUUGUAGUGUCUUGCAUAGUAGUGCCUCAGGCUCUGUGCUGUGGGACAGUAAUGAACCGGCAUCUAAGAAUUUUUUUACAAAACAUUCAAACAUUCCUCAGCUUUCUACUGAUAGCAUGUUGGGCUCAUUGAUGUUCAUUCCCACUGCCAGGACAAGACCCUGUGUGGCAGCUCUCCUGACCCUCUCAGCUCUGGCUCAGGCGUAGCACUGUGGCAUUGCUGGCAUGGCUGGUGCUGCCGUUGCUGCUCAGCGGGGAUGGAGCUGGGCUAGGCUGGGUUCCUUAUGGCUUCUGUGGCUUCUGAUCUGUCUUUGCCAUAUGUUUUCCCCAGUGAUGUUAUGCUUUUUUUUCUUUUUAGAUCAAAAAUCGAAAUUGUUUACCCGUUCCCCAAACUUAAUCUCAUAUAUAAAGCAAAAAAAAAAAGUGAAUAUAUAAAGUGAAUUCUGGUGUGUGCUGCAUGUAAAGGAGAGACACAUUUGCUCAUUCUUUCUCCUGUGGAGAAACCCAUUGCCCCAGGCUCACCCUACUGACUGGGCCAGGAGCUGCUGCACAUGCUGAGCCCUGCAGCAGGACCCAGUGCUCCUGGGGUUAUCUCGAGAAAGCUGCCAUGGAGGAGCUGGCUUCCUGAGGCAUCGCCCCAGACGAGCUGCUCGUCUCACAUUGCCACUUGCUGCGUCUCGUGGCAGAGCUUUGCUUUUCGCUUCGUGCACUCGGCGGGGAAAGCCAAAUGAGUUUCCUAACCCGGUGUGUGCUAAAUCUGGUUUGUGUCAAAUACGGUGCAGGAGAUACGCAGCGCGAGUGGAAAAAUAGCUGCCGGCAAGCAGAUUCAUGUCCUCCCAGAGCAAAUAAAGCUGGCUUUUAAAAUAAAUGUUAAAUCUCCUCCUCAGUUUGAAGAGAGCCAGGCCCACGGCUCAGCCGCAGCAAGAGGGAUUUUAGCCUGGGCUGCAGCCAACGGUGUGACCCCACGCCUGUCCCUGUGCCCGCUGGGGCCACGGGCUGGGAUGGCUCCUACCGCUCGGGCUCAGCGUCGCAGCGGCUCUUCGUUUGCAGGGGGGAUGAGGCGGGGGAUCCACACACCAGCUCUGUGCCCCGGAGCCUCCUCGCCUCAAGGCAAACAUUCAAGGAGACUUUGUGAGGGCUGGAUGUGAGUGCCGGGAGGUUUUCCCCAAAGUCAUCGCUGUAGGUAAUGUAUAUUUAUGAGAGGAACAAAGCGGGCAGCGGUUGCUUCCAAAGGCUGCUCUCCUUUCCUGGUGGCUCUGCCUUUGGGCGCGUGGCGUGGGGGAAGGCUGCUUCCCCUUGGGGCUGAGCUCACUGCUGAGGCUCUGCUCCUCUCAGGCAGUCUUGUGGACACUGUGCUCUGUAGUCCAUGCUCACAAGUGUGUAAGAGGCGUGUGCAGUCACUGGCAGCAGUGGUCAGUGUUUGCUCUUGGCCUGCUGAUCGAUCCAAAUGGCAUUUCAUGCGGGGACUAUGACUUCUCAAUUGAACUUGUUGGUCACCAUGUAGCGCUGGAUUUCUCUCUUUAGUUUUGUGUGUAUGUGUCUAUCUACAUGUAUGCAUAUGUGCAUACAAAUGUGUAACUGUGUAACUAUAAAAAAAACACAUUUGGGCUAGAUUUCAUGCUAUGCAUCCAGUAGCCUAAUUGCCAACCUGCCACUCCUGUAGAAGAGAUUUCAAGCAGAGAUGGUUCUCCAGGCUGAGACGUUCAUGUAGGGUUUGUAAGGCUGACUUUCCUAAGGUCUUUCUCCUCUAUGUGGCCAGCACCAGUUCUGCUGCUUUGGAAAAUAUGAGAAAAUAAACCAGUUUCAGUGGUGUUGCCAUUGGGAUUUUGGGUUCAGACAGGGCAAAGUUCCUUCCCUGCUGCCAAUUUCUGUGCUUGUGUACGUUUGUAAAGGCAGUUGGGUUGCCAGUAUCUUGAACAUACCUCAGCAGCAGUAUGCCUCCCAAAGGGCCUCUGUACAGCCAAAUCGUUUUAGCCAGGACUCCUGGAGAGAAAUGCCACAUCUGACAAAUAAUUUGCUGUAGCCAAUGUGUGAGUUUGCUUCUGUGAGAAGAGGUUUUUUGCUCUCGGAUCAAACAUCAAAGGGUUCUUACAGAAUGCAACAUCUUUUAACAUUGGUAAGGUAUUAGGGCAUCAUCAUGUAGCACUCUGAUACAUUUUAGUAUUCUAUUCUAUUUCUGAAUGCGGCUCACCUCUACCCAAGGGAUUCCCUAGCCCUACAGAAAAUAGUACUGGAAGUGAUCUAGAGCAAACCCAAGGAUUUGGGUGCACUCCAAACAACAGCGUCCAUAGAAGGAGUGGCUGGCUCUCCUGAUUCCAGUCUGCCUGCAGAAUCUUUCCAACAGCUGUGAGAGUCAUAGGCACUUCCAGCAGAUUUUGUAGGUUAAAGUGGCCAAGAGCUGGGGCUGGGGGUGGCCUGGGAAAGCAGGUGGGCCUGUGGGUAGCCCCUUGGGAUCCAUUGGGUGGUCGGUCACCCUGGAUAUGGAGGGUGUUGAUCUUUAAUGAACACCUUUGAUGUAAGAAUGAAGAGGUCAGCUGUCAAAAUAGAGUCUCUGGUGAUGAAUACGUGUGUGAUUUUCCUACUGCUGCUUAAUUUCAGGGAUUUUCCCAGUUCUGUCAGUCCUAGUUACCUUUUUCACCUUGUGAAACCCAGAAUCUUCACCAUGUCUGAGCAGCACCUUCCACUUCUGCAGCAAACUUAUGUCCUGGUGAAAGCUGCCGAGAGGAAAACGCAAUGGCAAGUGUUAAGCGGGAAGGUCGUUUGGCAGCAGGCUUGUGCAGGGAUAAAUCCUCCAUCCCGCCGUGCUUUACAGCAUUACGGGUUUCUGAGCAUUCUCCUGGGAGCCAGGCUGCCGUUUGUCAGCAUUUACACCAGUGCGAACGGCGACGGCUGCCUUCAGGAAUGCUGAUCAGCCCCUGGCCUGCUCCUUGCCUGAUGCGCGGGGGAAUCUGUCCUCGCUGUCACUCAGGAUAAUGAUACCCCGCCGGCAGAGCACGAGACCACAGCGUGCCCUAAUCUCCUCCAGAGCUGCCUUUCCCAGCUGGGACUCCCGAGUUUAGUCGUGCGGGCGGUAGAUUGAGGCUGCAUUUGAGCUGAGCCACCGAGUGGGCUGCAGGGUCUUUUUUGUCUUGAAAUAGCAUUGGCUUUCACAGGGCUAAGCCCUAAAGGCGUCGUCUCAUAAAUUGGGUUUGCUUUAACUUGGGCCACCUACUACCCUUUUAAAAGCUUUCUUGUUUAUCGUGGAUGAAAAAUUUAUUUCCAUACUGGGGGGGUUAACACAGUGGAUAUUUAAUUGUAAAUGUAUAUCUGUAAAUAGAACUUAGCUUGUGGAUGCAAAAUUCUAUAUCUUGUGGUUUUUUGAAAGCACACAUCUUAAACUACAGCCUUGCCCUUCAGAAAUACUAUUCCACGUAUUUAAAGGUCUGAAUGACCUUUUAAUCAGACAUUGCACCUUUCCUUCCAGCCGAUAUGACAGCGUCUGACAGUAACUCAACCUGAUGUUGUGAGGAAAUAAAUAAAGGCCAUCUCAGCUGCUAUGCCUUUAAAUCUGUCUAGCUAGCUGUGGUUUUUCGUAUUUAGGUAGAUGGACCCAUGGAGGAGCAUUACGUUCAGUUUUCAGGCGAAGACAAUAUAUCGAGUUCAAUACAUUUGCAUGUCUGGCUGCUCUUUUGAGAUCAAUUUAGGCGUGUGAUUGCUUCCUACCACUCUGAACUCGAGCCUUUCCUGCAGCCGACCUCCUUAUGAAUUAUGAAUCCACAUCCCUGGCUGGAGCUCAGCAGCCAUCUUACAGCCUGUGCUGAGCUGGGACUGUCCUCAGUGUUCCCGGACAGCUGCUCAUGCUGCAGGUUGGGGUGGGGGCUGGUGGGGCUGGCUGCCAGCGACUCCUGCUUUGGGGCAACUGCUCCAAGGAAAUUCUUACUUUUGGGGGCAGGUGUAUCUACAAACCGCCUACUGCCUGUGGGAGCUGAUGUUCAGAUGAUCUGUGGAACGCCAGCCCUUGUGGAGUGGGACUGAGUGCUGGGUAGUGUGGAUUGGGCUGCUGCUCCGUGGGCACAUGGGAUAGAUGUAGUGGUAGCACAGACCCUGCUCAGACGAGCUGGUAUUUGUAUACAUGGUCAGCUACAUCAGCAAGUCUUUGUAUCCCAGGGUUUUGCUUUCAGGGUAAUCUCAUGUGCUGCGAUGCUGCUUCCCAUCAGCAGUUCUGUAUGUCAGUAUGUAAAGUACAUUAUACCAUGUGUUAAGCUGUGAAAGGAAUUGGCAUGUGCUCAGAUGCAUGUGGAAUACCCAAAUGCAGUUGGAUACCAUUCUGGGGGGACAGCAAGUGGGGGGAGGGGAGAGAGCAGCAGCCCUUGAGACAAACUGUUUGAUGUGAGUCCAGGACCCAGCACAGGUGCAGAAGCAAGCAGGUGGGCAGCCUGGGCAGCCCCCCAGGUCAGUGUCAGUUGGUGUUUCCCUUCCUCACACCAAGUCAAGGAUGUGCUUCAACUGAAAUGUGGAAUGAGGGGAGGUAGAGCAAUGCCCCUGUUAUGCCCUUGUCCAAAGAAGUGCUCCUGCCAAAACAGAUGCCUGACUGGCAAGCAACCCACCUGCCUGCAGCCAGCAGACCAUCCCCUGCGCCGAGUUGCAGCUGGGCAAGGUUGUGUGGUUAUUCCAAAAGCACCGUCUGUUUUCCAGGAGUUGUUUUUGAUAUUGAUGUUCACACGUCCAUGACUACCUUGCUUAGCUAACUAAGGAGACUGCAUGCUAGGGAUGUUACAUACUGCCUACGACGUGUCACAUGUGACCCUGUAAUGGCGUGUGCUUGGAGUAGGGAUGUUUCUAUGAAUUGUCAAGCUGCGUGAGGCAUCGUGCUGUUCCUAGAUAACUGAGAGUAUGCCUGAAAUGUACAGGGAAAGAACAAAGAGAAGAAAUCGAGUGUUGUAAUGCCACAAAAGAAAGCUUAACUUGUUUUCUUGCUUUUUUUUUAGAGAACACCUGUUCCCAGCGCUGAAGCAUUCCGAUGGUUCUUUUAAGCAGUAGUAUAUCUUAUUUUCAAGGCAGUCCGAAGUGAAUGGCAAGCUAAAGUCUUGUUUUAAGAAACUGCUUAGUCUACCACUGAAGAAUAUACUCAGAUACUAUUUUCAUUUCUGUAUAGGGGUUUCCUCAAAAGCAAAAGACAAAAAUCUGGGAGCCUGGGGAAUUGGCCAGCUUAUUCACAUUCAGUACACUGAUUCUUUCUUUGAUGUAACUUAGCUAUACUAGUGAAGUUGUUGUCUAUUUUUAAAGUGGCUGUAAAAAAAAAAAAGAAAAAAAAACACAAAAAAAGCCAAAAAAAACAAAAAAAGUUUGGGUAAACCCCUGCUAUAAAGUCAUGUAUCUUUGAAAAGUAACAUAUCUAUACUUCAUUUUCAAAUAUAUGUGUUUCAGUACUGUAAACUGUACAGAUAGCCGCUUGUAUUUUGUGUGUUUAGACACAAGGAGACAAUCAUGUCUGAGCAUCUAUGGAGAUUAAUGGUUUGUACACAACGGUGUGGUUCUGCGAGUUAAAUCCGGAGCAAUAAAUCCUAGCUUUAAAUAUUAUUUUGCUAGUUGUUUAGCAGCAGCAGCAACAGCAGCACUGUUUUACCAUGCAUCCUUCUAUAGAGACUUGAUACCAAGUUUUGCAAGAUAAAAAGAUUGUGAUGCAUCUAGCAAUUACCUUCCGUCGUGGUGUUUUAAGAGGGGAAGACAUAAAAUGUAAGAUUAAUCUUUCACGCACUAUGUUAGAGUAGUGGUUAAUGCACUUGCAUUGCUUCCGAAAGAGCUUUACAUAGGGGUAUCCAUCCAAAAAUGCUGUAUGGUGUUUGACCCACUUUUCACUGUGUUCUAAGGCCAAGUGCCCAGCCUAUGUAGAUGUGCGUAAAGUUUGUUCUAGGAUGCAAAAUGAAGUGAGCACGAGCCCUUAGUAUAAACAAGGACUCAGCUUCAUUGCCCUCCGUGUACGGGUUCUUACGUAAAGUUUUUGGUCAGUGGAGUAACUGUUUUGUAAAGCUGAAUGCAAUACUUCUGGUCCAAGAGGAGCUCUUUAUGGUUCAGGUUUGACCACUGGGUCUCACUUGCAGUUGUGUUUAUUUGAGAACCUGAAUAUUUUUGGGUAUAAAACUGAAUUUAUAAAUACUACAAUAACAAAGACCUGUUCUCCCUACAUGGUCCUUGGUCCACUGAUCUCGGCUUUGCCAAACCACUGUUCCCUCAGGCCCUGAGCAGAAUGCUCUGCUGCUCUCCUUCCUGCUCUGUCUGCGUGGAGGAAAUGGCUGGGAAAAAUAAGGAGGAUACUGAAACUUAGCGAUACUUAAUACUGGUUGACCAUCACUUUUUAUUGCUUGGUAUGACAAAGCCAUACCAUUCAUGAGUGAAAAGUCCCUCCCGUCAAAGUAAGUGAAUGCCGUUGUGCCGCAUAGUUGAUAGAUUUAUUGUUUUAUACAAAAUAAGACUACCAGUAGUUUCACAGAACAGGUGCUGGGCAUGGAAAUAACUGAUCAGUGGUGCACAGCCCACCCAAAUCUUCUCUCAUUUCAGCCGUUUCUUUGUGAAUGUGCUCAGUGCUCCAGCCUGUGGUCCCCAGUCACCCUCAUGAGGUGGAGCGUCUGGGGUGGUGGGGACCGUGGCAGUGUGGGGCCUGUAUGGGUGAGGGGACACCGGCUUUGGCAGGGGAGGAGGCUCUUGGGAGCCAGGGUCCUCCAGGAGGAGCCUCCUGAGAUCACCCGCGUGUGUCAGCAAGGCUGGGCUGGGCAGGGGUGGGUCAUUGUAUCUGGAGGAGCAUGGUUGAAUGGAGGGUGGAUGCACAGGCCUACGGCUUUGCAUGCAUGACUUUGAAAAUGGAGUGUUACUCUCGAAGUGCUUCUGUCACAGUGCCCCUCCUUUUGUUUAUAAGGGGUCAUCAGUUGGAUCGCCACACAAUGAGCUUUAUGUCUGUUCUUACGUCAACUGUGUACAGAUUUCUCUUUGUGUUUGAGACUUUUUGGUUAGGGCCUCUAUUGUUGACUGCUUGACCAACACAAGCUCUAUAAGGUCUUCUCUACCAAAACGCUGAUUGAUUUAUCAACCGAAGCCUUAUUUGCACAUCUGGCUGGUAAGCUUGCCUUGCUUUUUGGAAAAUUGUGAUUGUUCUUAAAGAAGUAGAGACAAGAUUAAAUUCAGGCUACAUUAGGUGUACAAAGAAUAUUCAUAGCAAUGUACUUACUGUCUAAUACCCUAAUGUUGCAUGUCUUGAUGUGCUUUCUUUUUUUUUUUUUUUUGUUUUGUCGUUUUGUUUUAAAGAACUGAUGGAUCUGUAUAUUGUAAUUGUGGUGUUUUACAUGUCAAUUCAAAAUUGUUAAAAAAACAAACAAGCAAACCUGUUAAUUACUGAAAAAGAACAAGAGUUGAUUUUUCUUUGGUUUCCCCAUGUGGCUUUCAUUUUGGAUAUUGUUCUUUUACGCCAUCGCGGUUUUGGAUUUGGGGAAAAUGGCAUUUCUGAGAUGUAGUAUGCACAGAGCAUUUUGGUUUGGGAUGUUUGAAGAAAGAAAUCCCUUUGCUGGCCUUCCCCCUCUCCUGUUGUAUACGUAUUUGUAAAAUGGUUUCUUUUUUUUUUUUUUAUGUUCUAAUGACCUAAUCUGUGCUUUUCUCAAAGUCCAAAAAUAUUUUCCAGUAUGAAGAUUUGUAUUCCUCUAUGUCUUUCAUUCACACGGCGCAAAAAAAAAGUUAGAAGUUGUAAAAGAAAAGCAGAACACAAUUUCACAGUCUUCUAGGUGUGAACACUAAGCCUAAUGGAAGCAUUGUUGGCAUACCCCAGAUAAAUGUAGGAAAAAUGGUAAGGCUGAACGGGAGGCGCACGUACCCAUUCUGUAAAUUAAUAACAGACCCCCCCCUAAGAGGGGAAAUGCUCUCUUUUGUGCAGAACCCCUGGUAUGUAAGUCAUGCAAUUAAUGUUAAAGCAUAUCAAGUCUUUAAAUGGGCUAUAUCUGUAAUCAAAUAAUGAAGAAAGAAAGUAGUUAAAUGAACAUACCAUUCAGGGUCGAAUACACUCAGCAAAAAGCAGUAGUGGGUCUUUGAUCAUGGUUAGAUGCAUAGUGAUAUCAAACAGUGGAUUCUCAUGUAACAGCUAAAUGUUUCAGAUUUUGUUUUUAUUAAAUUUGGCAGUUUCACGCUGAGCUCUACUGUAUUCUUAGUGAAUAAAAGACAGCUCCUAUGUUAGAAAGUACUCCAUUUUCACAAAUGCAGGGAACUAGGAGGUUUUUUUUCAGAAACACGAGCCACAGAAAUGUACUCCUUUCACAGUGUUCUCCUAUUUCUGAACUGUGCAGUUAUCUAUUACAUUUUCUAAUAGAUAUUUGUGUAAGGUGUAUGUAUGCUUGUGCAAUUAUGGAAAAAAAAAACAGUUUUGGAAAACAGUGUAUUUAUGAAAAAAAAAUCACUUAUGGGGCAUGUACAAAACUGUAUAAAAACAUUCAAUUUGCCCAGUAAAGUUGUUUUUGUGAUAUUUCUGUGUUGUUGAAUAAAGGACUUUAGUAUUCAAAAUAUCUCUCUUUUUCCAUAAACAGGUUUUGUUUGUGGGAUCUUAAGCAACGAAAACCUCUUUUAAAAAAGAAUCCUCAAAAUGAUGAAGAGGGUCCAAAAGCUGACCUCAAUCACGCGUUUGGGAAUGAAUGCUUAUGAAGUGACGGUGCAAUAGCUACACAACUAAGUCCUUUGCAAUUGGCAGUCAUUGGAAACCCCAUAAGUUGUGUACCUGCAGGUGACGUUAUGCUCUGAAGUGUUUAAGAUAGCAGAAAAAAUAAUACCACCUUUGUAAGACUAGGAGUAUGGUGUUGAGUUGUGGAGACUAUGAAAAGUAGAGUUAGAAGGAAGACAGAUUGCAGAAAAGCCUUCAGCCCUUUGGUGCAGACCUCUGUUGUAUAAUGGAGGUGAACUGGUGGGAGUGAUGCGACGAGUUAACAGUUAGUUUCAUAGGGAAGAGUGUAUGAUGGUGAAAUCUCAUCUCUAACUCUUGCAGCAGGCUGUAGACCUGACGGUGGAUUGUCACAUCAGUACUGGAGCGUUUGGGAUUACGAGUGUGGCUUGUGUGAGAAUGACAGCAAUAUCCUUCUCUUUGUUUUUCUGCUUCUCAGUUUGAAGUUCUACUCUUUGCCUGCUAUACCUAGGAAACAGUUUUUUAUUUCCAUUUUCUUCCUUUGUGCUACUUUGUGUUAGUCUGGCGCUAACAUCAUGCCCAGUAGGCGGGAGAAUGUGUGGUUGAGUGGGUAGCAUGUCCCCUGAUUGUCAUGAAGCUUGGAAUGUCAUUGCUCUGCCAUUACGCCUCAUAUGAACAUAACGUCAGCUCAGUGUGCCAGUGCAGGAGAGUGAGAGGGGUAGAAAGAAGAGGUAGGUCCCUGGGGCUGUGAGGUUCCUUCGACGCCAGCUGAUUUUCUGGGGAGCCUAGGUGUAUCCUUUUGGUUUUUAGAGAAAGCAUCAAAACCAAAAGGAACAGAAGUGGAUUUUCCCUUGAUCCCAUCUUCUCUCAUCAAAAUCCGUAAGGAUAUAUGUUCUUGUGAGACCUAGAUCGCUCAUUAGACAGCACCAGGAGUAAGCUUUGAGUUGUUUGAAGAGGAGGAGGAAAGGGGCUGCCAAAUUGCUUAGGCACAAUCAGUGAUCUCUCUGGAUUAGAUAUAGAAUUCACAGGGAGGAAAUGUGCUAAUUUCAUGAGAUGGUCGAUUUGGAAGCAGGAAAAGGUCUCUGAGUUCCUAUUCCUUUAAUGCUUUCUCUUUCAACUUUUUUUCCCCUGGAGUAUUGUUUUAUACUAGUCUGAGUGAAAAAUAUCCCUCAGCUCCAGAGAAAAACUCACCCCAGAUAUGAACCCUGCAGUUUAAAACUACCUCCAGCUUUUUAUAGCUUUUGUUUUUUAAUUAAAAAAAAAAAUACUUAAAAAAACAAAACAAAACAAAACAAAAAAACAGCAAACCCAAACAACAAGCAGGUAAUUCUUCAAAGCCAAAACUGACAAACUCAUUAGUGAAGCUAUUAACAGGAAGGAAAAUAUUCUUUUGCGAGAAGCUCGAUUCUUCUAGGCUGUGCUGGACUCAAUUUGUUUUUGCCACUAGCCAUUUCAGCUCUCUCUGAUAUUUCUCCAAGGAACAAGUCUGAAAUUAUGAAUGGCCUAGCGGUACAUAGAGGCAACAUGCUUUCUGGGAGAUGCAGUCCUCCCUGGAUUCCCAUGGGCUUUGCUAGAUAACUUGUGAAGUUGGAGGAAAUUGCUGUAAGGAUUUACUUGGUCACCAGCAUGUGGUGGGCAUGGGUAGAUGGCCCUAAAAUCUAAGGAAUGCGUCAUCUCAGUAGGAAAUACAAUGAAGUUUGAGACGACUGGACCUAUCCGAGGAAGGAAGGUGAAGUUCAGUGUGAGCUUAGCUAUCAGAAUCUUUUCCCACCGUUGCCUUGAUUCAAUUUGCCGUUUGGCUUUUAGGAUAGACAUGUUUGGCUGGGUAGCAGGGACCUGUAGAGCAGCAGUUUUGCCUUAGAGAGUGAAGGUGAAGGAAAUGUGUGUAGUAAUCUCGUAAUAAAACAAGUCUGUGCCGCCUAAAAAAGCUGUAAUGUUCAGGAAAUAAGGGGUUCUAUUGUUCUAAGUAACUAUGUGAAAGGGUUGUGGCAUUAUUCAAUAAGCUGGAAUAGUUUGUAAUUCUACUGCCCAUUCCCUGAAAAAGAGGAUUUUAGACAUGAGCCCCAGUGGGUUACUGGGCUUUGAAGGUCUAAGUUAAGUCUAAGUCUUAAUCUAAGCUGACUGCCCCAUGAGAAGAUCCCGUAAUUGGGGGUUCAUCAGUCUGUGUAAGCCAUCUCUGCCUUGCUGAGUGCAGGAUCUUUGCUAUAAAGCAGUCAGAAUCCUUGUGGGCAGGUGGUCAGAUGUUGCCAUGUCAAACAGAGCCCAGACUAAUUAUUCAGAGCGGUUUUCCCCAGCUCUGUUUAUAAUGUGUAUAAGCAUCCUCCAGCUGAGAAGAAAACACCUUUCUUUCCUUACUCCUCUACAUCUGCCCUUGUUACAGAGUUAAUAGCACUAGCCAUCUGCACUUCUUCAGGCAAAAUAAAUAAAAAGUGGAAGAAAUAGAGGUCUGGUUUGCUAGACUUUUUUCUUUGGGAGGAGAGAGAAAAGAGCUAGCUCCUGUUGCUGGCCCACCUCUCCUAAUGUGGAUGCUUUCCUAUAUAGCCUGUGAUUGCCUUUGGCAAUCAGAUGCAGCACUGAAGAAGACCAACAUUAGGGUAAACAGGGUCUGGGAGACAGGCAAACCUCCUGAUCCUUCUGAUUGCAGUGAAGGUGCUGGGGGGCUUGUAGGCAGAAAGAAGGCUUGCACAUCAGGGUGGUGCCUAGAACAACUUGGCCCGCGUGUCUUGCAGAGAUUCUGUUUCUGGCUGGGUGUCUGAACCACCAGUGUGGUUCCCACUCUGUGAGAAGUGUGCUUUGUCUCUUAUGUGCCUGCGUGUUGAUGCUCAUGCCUAGGGCUGGGUAGCUCAUUUGGCCAGCUGAUGUGUUGGCUGAGGAUGCGUGGUUUAAUGCAAAACUGAACCACUGGCUUUCAAGCUGGCUUUGGACAAUUAGUAGGGUAAAUAACCUGGUCUAAAGAGAUCUGCCACCCAGAUUAGGAGCUGUGAACCUAAUUAUUGCUUUCUGAUACUCUCCUCUGACUUGUUUUGCCUUUUUGUUCUGAUUGUUUGCAUUCCUAGACCUGAUUUGCCUUUUUGAUGCAAUGCCAUGUGACCUGCUGAUUAAUUUUUGUGAGCAACAUAACCUCCAACCUAUGGCUGACUCGCUAUAUUUUUAUGCUGUGCUCCAUAAACAUUCAUUCAUUUCUUAUGAUUACUGUGGAAACAGACUUUUACGGGCUAAUAAACUUGGAUUUGAACUGGA